AUGUUUUUUAGCGAAUUGUCUGAAUUAUCCUCGUCUACCGAACUUUUUACACUUGUGCCUUUGAAAGGAAAACUGAAUAUACGUUCUUCUUACCAUGAUACUAUACUUAUUAGGGCGCAUGCUAUGGCACGAUACCUGGAUGCUGUCAUAUUUUCAAUUUCUGAGUUUGUUUUCGCAUCAAACAUGCGAGGAAUUAAUUUGUACAAAGCCGGCAUGGAGGGUCUCGACGCUAAGACGAUUGACAAAAUUAUCGAAGAUAAUUCCAAGGGGUCCAAAUUUUAUGAAAAUGAGGUGCGACGUGGUGCCAUUCUGAAGGAACAAGUUGCAAGGAAGCUAGCAAAACUUCGGUCUCUGACUAAGGAAGAAAUUGACGCGGGUGAGAAGGAUGCUGACAAACUGCUGCGGAGUUACUGCACUGAAAGGCGGUUCGACAGGUGCAUUGUUCACAUCGACAUGGAUGCAUUCUACGCGGCAGUGGAAAUGCGGGAUGAUCCGUCGCUUCGCCUUAAACCCCUGGCUGUUGGUAGCCAGAGCAUGUUGUCGACAAGCAACUACUUGGCGCGUCGGUUUGGUGUGCGAGCUGCAAUGCCGGGCUUCCUAGGCAAAAAACUGUGUCCUCAACUGACCAUCGUACCGCCAGACUUUGUCAAGUACACCGAAGUCAGUCGGGCGGUGCGUGCUGUCCUCGUGGAGUACUGUGAGAGCGGACCCCCUGGACUCGUCGUGAUGAGUCUAGAUGAGGUUUAUUUGAACAUCACCCAGCACCUAAAGGAGCGCGCUGAUUGGCCACCCGCAAAACGCACUUAUUGGCCGCGGGCGGCACCCAAGACACCCAUGCUUGUCUGUCGAUGUGCUAAGGCUACCAAAGACUCUGGCGUCGCUGAUCUGUUAACUACCUCAUCAGCUUCGAAUUCCCCCACUAAGCUCUCCGCUGCGGAGGAAGGCAACAGCAAUCGUGACGCCCCCUCCAACAUCGUCUCCCUCGUAGUCGGCAAAGAUGAAGAGCUCGCAACGUGUCUGCUAUGUGGAAUGCUGAUCAGAUCUGGCCCGCGUGUGUUUGGGACGAGUGCAGAAGAGGCUGUUCGUGAAAUGAGAUUCCGAGUGUUCUGUGCGACCCGUCUCACCUGUAGCGCCGGAAUCGCGCCCAAUUCCCUCAUUGCUAAAAUCGCCUCCGAUUGGAACAAACCAAAUGGACAGUUUUUCGUUGAGCCCACAGCUGAAGCUGUUGAAACAUUUAUAUCCCCUCUUCCCAUAAGAAAGGUGCCCGGCAUAGGCCACGUUACGGAGUGUCGUCUGAGGGCCUUUGGUGUGGAGCGCAUCGAAGACCUACGUAAACGGCGCGGUGCCCUCUUCCAUCUCGUCUCGCACAUCGGCCUAGCCUACUAUAUGCGCAUCUCGCUGGGCCAUAGCGAGGACGACUGGGUCGGUCCCGCGGCCUCAGCGACAGCGACAAUGGGGGGCACCUACUUGCGAGGCGCCUGUCAGAAGAGCAUGGGCAUCGAAAGAACUUUCCACGAUUGCGCUGAUCCGGGAAUCCUUCAUGUUAAAUGCAGGCAAUUGUGCUUAUCUCUUGUUAACGACAUGAAGGAGGCGCACGUUCAGGGUAAAACGGUGACCAUGAAGUUUAAAUUGAGUACCUUUGAAGUUCGGUCGAGAUCGCAAACGUUGCCCGACUACACCUGCACCACUGCAAUCAUCUCUCAGUGCGCUUCGGAGAUCCUCAGGGACGAGAUGAAGGCGGAGUUGGCAGAAAAUUCGAAGGUCCUCACUCUUAGACUGAUGGGCGUUCGAGUUUCAAAUCUGGUUCCCUCUGCAAUGUGUCAGCAGUUUCGACAAGAAACGCUUGAGGCCGCUUUUAACAGAGGAUUUCAAGGCGAUGAAACCAUGGAGCCUGAUGAUGAUGAUCCUUUGGUGACUUCAGCCGUGAGUUUGCGAUGGAAGCAUAGUCAUCAGUGUAAUGUAGCGUAUCUUAUCAGAACCACUUCAGCAUCUGUUACGACUAAAAAUACUUUUAAUUAA